AUCCAUCCAUUUGUUCUGAGAUAAACAAUGGUUACUCCUGUUGUCAAGCAUAACAUUGUCAAGAAGCGUACUGCUCACUUCAAGCGCAACCAAUCUAACCGUUUCAAGCGUGUUGGUGAAUCUUGGAGAAAGCCUAAGGGUAUUGAUAGUGCUAUUCGUAGACGCUUCAAGGGUCAAGCCCCUAUGCCCAAGAUUGGUUAUGGUUCUGCCAAGAAGACUCGUCACCUCUUGCCCAAUGGUUUCCGUAAGUUCACUGUCUCCAAUGUUCGUGAACUCAACCUCUUGUUGAUGCACAACCGUACUUAUGCUGCUGAAAUUGCUCACAACGUUUCUUCCAAGAAACGUAUUGCUAUUCUUGAACGUGCUGCCCAAUUGAACGUUAAGGUUAUCAAUGCUGGUGCUCGUCUCAGAUCUCAGGAGUAAAAUAGUUUUUUUUUCUUAAAAAAAAAAAGAAAGAAAGAGGGAAUUUAUAUUCUUUUUUUUUCAUUUUUUUUAUUAUCGAUAUAAUAUAACGUUUAUUUUGACAACUUAA